CGUGAAGCAGAUGUGAUCAUACGCGAAAGAGAAGUGGAAAAUCGCGAGGAUGACUGUCGGAAAACCGAUCUUGAACAAAGACGUCGUUCGAUGGAAUUAAAAAGAAAGGAAGCAGAAGCAAUUGAAAUUCAAGAACAACAUCAACUAAAAGAAGAUGAUAUAAAUACCCGACUGAAAGAAUGCAAAUUAAAGCAAAUUGAAAUUAUGGCCCGCAUGAAAGAGAUAAAGCAAAAAGAGGAGAGUCUGGAAGACCAGCAAACAGAUCAAACGCUAAAGGAAAAGCAACUGCGAGAGAUGGAAAGUAGUAUCUUACAAAGAGAGCGCGAUACAAAAGCAACACUACAUCAGCAGACUGAAGCACUCAGUAAUGAGAAAGAACAACUGGAAUUAGAAAGGCAACGUUGGUACAAUGAGUGGCGCCAGAAAGAAAGCAAGAUAAAAGAAACACAAGAUCAAUGGAAUCAGAAGACAGACAAGGUUCAUGAAAUGGAAAGAAAUUUGAAAGUAAAAGAAGAAGGCUUGAACAAGAAAAUGGCCGAGUUAAGGAAAGCAGAAAACGAGAUCGUACUGAAAAAAGAUGAAAUUGAGAGAAACGAAGAAAAUCUUCACGAGGAACGCAAUCGGUUACACACUAAAGAAAAACUGCUCACAUCUCAUGAAGAAGAGUUAGACAUAAGAGAGAAAGAUAUAGGUUCUGUUGAACAUGGCAGGCGGCGAUUGGCGGAUGAUGUUGCACGUUUCGAAUCAGAGCAAAAACAACGAGAGAAGGAUUACAUGUUAAGAAUUGAAGAGCUUGAUACUAAAUUCGACGAAUUAGAGAAACGAGAACAUGUUCUGAGCAACGUACAAAUGAAGCAGAGACAAAGAGAGUUACUGAUACAGAAGAGGGAAAACUACGUACACGAGGAAGAACAAGAAACCCUGUUGAACAUUAGCAAGGAGACUGUUACAAGAACGUCAAGCGAUAGUGGAUUGACAGCUACUGAAGAACCACUUAUGUCUGAAUACACAAUUGUACAAAGAGGUGAUGACCAGAAUUCCCCACGACGUUUCCAGCCCUUUAAUAUAAAAAUUUCGCCUGGUUUGACUAUCUGGGGUCUGAAAACUAUAUUGGAUAAAGAAGAAGGAAUACCAACUCACUGGCAACGUUUUUAUUACGGAGGAAUUCAACUUGACGAUACAACAACUCUUUCUGAAAGUUCAAUUCCUUCUGAAUCCUCAAUAUACCUAAGGUUAGAUGUCCCAGAAGGUUCAACGACUAUCAUUCUGAAGACGGGACAAAGAACAAGAAUGAUCGACGUUGAUUUAAAUGAAACAGUUGCUGUCACAAAGGCACGAAUAUAUAAAUAUGAGGGCGUACCCCCUCACCAGCAAAUCCUGUUGCAUCGGGAUAUCGUUAUGGAUGAUGGUAAUUUACUUCAUGACUUCAAUCUACACAAAAACUCUGCAAUAUCAAUGAAAUUAAAUUACCGUAUUUGGGUUCGUACUAAAACCAACACACUAAUUCCACUUGAGGUAGACGAACUUUCGACAAUCAGAAAUGUUAAAUUUCUCUUGAGGGAAGCGGCAGGUGUCUGUGUUGACUCCCAGAAACUAGGAUUCAGAGGAAAGUUUCUUGAUGACAGUCGCUCUCUUAUCCACUAUAAAAUAUGUGAAGGGAGUACGAUCGAUUUGACAUGUUCUGUGAUCAUAGCUCAAAAACCAGCUGGUGAAAACCUGAAAAUGGAGUUAGAUCCAUGCGUCACAGUUAGGCAGUUGAAAGAGGAAAUAAGGAGGAUAAAAUCCAUUCCAGUCAUUAGACAGGCACUUGUAGUCCGUGAUCAACAUCUAAAUGAUAAUGAUAUGGUCAUGGAUCAUUUGAAAAAGGGAUCAGUAAUUAACCUUCACAGUGGUAAUGUUAUGAUUGUGUCCUCAUCAGGCAAGGUUAUCUUGAGUGACGUCCAGCCAUGGCAUACCGUUAUGAAAGUCAAAGAGAUGAUUGAACGUAAGACCGGGGUAUCAGCACAAAUGCAGCACUUGGAAUAUCAAGGCUCCCCAUUGGUGUCUGGCAGCCUACGACUUUCUGACUUCGACAUAAAAAAUGGCAGUGUCCUACAAAUGAAACCAAUUGAGAUUUCUUAAUUAUAAAUGGCUUCUUGAAAUAUGUCGGUUGCUACUGUCGUAAAUUGCUUUACGCAUGAUUUACGUUCAUCACACUUUGCAUCAUAUCGUCAUUUACAGUACUGUACAUGUUUAUAGACAAAUAAACAAAAUCUGAGUACCUAAGUAUUUACAUUGAACCCCAGGAGACAUGAUGUGAUGACAGAAUGUGCAUAUUUUAUUCUGAAAAAAUCAACUAUCAAUGAUUUAUAAAAAUACAAUUGCAUUAAUUCUUUUUUUUUUUUUUUGUAAUAAUAUUGCAAUAAUUAUUACGGUACUGCUUUUGAAUCAGUUUAUAUACAACACAUGGAGCAUGCCUUUCUACUUCACUAUAGCCCUAUUUAGAAAUAUAGAUACUGAUAAAAAGCUACAUUUUAUGGUCUUCAUAAUGUUUUUAAACACAACAUCAGUAAUAUUCGCAAUGUUAUUGUCUGUAUCAGUGGCGGUUCACAAGUGAAUCAGCAGAAAUGCCCUAUAAGGAAUGGUGUCGCUUGUAGUUCGUAAUGGUAAUCGAGCACUUAUUCAGCAAUUUAUAUGUAUGUUUCAAAGUGCUACACAGCAACAUUGAUUCUAUAUGUCACUUCAUCGUAUUUUUUUUUUUGUUCUAAAAUUACUAUCAAUGUGCCUUAAAGGGGACACCUCUACAUACUUCCCAAUAAGUUAUUGAAAGUGGCAUUCUCAUUAAUUUUUGUGUUAAGUGCAUCUGAUGAUUAAAAUGAAUGUUGGAACAAACAUUUGAUCAUUCCAUAAAAAAUUUGAUGUUUUAAUUAGCAUUAAAAAUAGUCUGUCAUGUCAUGCUUGUAAAAAAAUAUUGUACCAGUUAUUUCAAGUUUUAUAUAACUACUGCAAGUCAUAUUUUUACAGAUUAUUUGCAUUAAAGUAAAUAAUUUCAAUUCAUGUUUUAUUGUUCAAAAAAGGAUUCAGUGCGGAAACAAUUCAUAGCAAAAGAAGCAUAAAAUAAGAGAACAUGUAUAUAGAUUUGUUGAAAAAGAGACGAAUUCUGUCCUGAUGUCUUUGUGUUGCCGCUAUGCAGCCACUGAAUAUCUAUUUUCAUUUGUUUUUCGAAGUGAAAUAUUGUAUCUACCUAGACUUUAUACAGUAUACGAAUACUGUAUUAUGUUUGAGAGACUUUGAAAAUGGUGUAAUCUGCCCCAUGUGUCAUGCCUGAAUUACAGUAUCCACAAGUAAACAAUUUAAACUAUUUUGAUCAAUAAGUAAGAAGGUUCCAGAUUAUUGAUUUUGGCAAAUGUUGAUUUUCUGUGAGGACCAGUGAGUUUAUAUCUUGAAGUUUAAUAGUUGGGCAACGUAUUUUGAACUAUGAUAAUACAAGAAGGUUCCUUUGUUUUGUGGUAAAAAAAUACCAAAAUGAACAGGAAGAAUUUGGUGUUUGUGAUAAUCAUCAAUGUUAGUUGUAGUAAUACUUAUUAGAGUAUCAUGAGUAUUAUUGUAUCUUUAAUCAUACAAAUCUUUGUUUAGAACUCUUUAGAUCAAUAAUUAAACCAAGCCCAAUAGAUGUAAAUGUGAGCUUUCAUCUGUUUAUGUUUGUUGUUAUUUGUCUGUUCUACAUAUUGGAAAAUAAAAUGCAGAUCGAACACUGUGUAAUAUAAACCUUCAUUUAUUUUCACAACUUAGUUAUUCUUCUAAAAAUUCUCACAAUUCCAGUUACAUUAAUAAUACCCAUUCUACUAUUCAUUUGGCCUAUUUAAAAUACUGAACCAAUGUACAUAAAGAAAAUACGACUAACCAAUGCAUUUCUUCCCAAUAUUUAAUUAUGACUUGGGGACGGAAAUACAGCAUUACUAAAAUAAGUAACAUUGUCAGCAAUAUUUAAUUUUUAUAGAAUUACAAUUCUGUAUUUUAUUGAAUUAAAUUUAAAUAAUAAUAAUAAUAAUAAUAAAAAUA